CCAUAUUUCAUUUAAAUGCAAAUAACUUUAGUGGCCUCAUUCCAUCAAUAUUUAUCAAUGGGUGUAGUCUUCAGUCCAUCAAUUUGAGUGGUAAUAAAUUGAAAGGAAGAUUACCUAAAUCCUUAAUCAAUUGCAAAAGUCUGAAGGGUCUCGACGUUGGAAAUAAUAGAAUACGAGACAAAUUUCCGUUUUGGAUGGAAGGUCUUCCUAAGCUUCGAGUACUCAUAUUGAAGUCCAACAAGUUUGAUGGUAACAUGUAGCUGUCUUCACGAAGCAACCUUCCAUUUCAAAAGUUGCAAGUUUUAGAUAUAUCUGACAAUGAAUUUGUGGGGUCUCUCCCUCAAACAUAUUUCAAGAACUUUAGAGCAAUGAUGGAUGUGAAGGAAAAUAAGACAGAUCUAAUUACAAGUAGUGAUGAUGACUCUUUUCUAAGGUAUGUGGAGAUGAGAAUCACCUUGAAAGGUUUGGAUCUGUUAUUGACGAGACUGUUGAAAACCUUUACAACCAUUGACUUAUCCUCCAACAAUUUCUCUGGUAGUAUUCCAGAUUCCAUAGGUAAUCUUAAUUCUUUGAGAUACUUGAAUUUGUCGCACAAUAAUCUCAUGGGACACAUACCUGCAUCUCUUGGAAAUAUAAGUGUGCUCGAAUCAUUGGACUUGUCAUCGAACAAAUUGGAUGGUGGAAUUCCAAGGGAAUUGACGAGGUUGACAUUCCUUGAGAAAUUAAACCUUUCAAUGAAUAAUCUUGUGGGGCAAAUACCACAAUCUAACCAGUUCUCCACAUUUGACAAUGAUUCAUAUAUGGGAAACUUGAGAUUGUGUGGAAUUCCAUUGACGAGAAAAUGCAACAAGGAGAACGGGCAUCAGAUGCAGCCAGAAGAAGAUGAAGAAGAUGAAGAGUAUGGAUUUAUAGAUGGAUUUGGAUGGAGAAGUGUGGUGAUGGGAUAUGGAAGUGGAAUCAUAGUCGGAAUUGGAAUUGGUUGUUGGAUUAUUCGAUUUGGAAGGCCAAGAUGGUUGGUGGAAUUCUUUUUUGGCGUUGGAUAUACAUACAAGAAGAACAAGAAGAAGAAGAAGAAGACAAGGAAGAGAGCUACUCCAACACAGAGAAGUUUAUAAUGUUUAUGUUAAAACUUUGUAUUUACGA